AUGGCGACGCACGCGGCGGCGGGCCCCGUGCUCGCGAUCCACAGCGUCGUGACGGCGCCGGCGUUCCGGCGGCGCGGCGUCGCGCUCGAGGGCCUCAGGCAGUACGCCGAAGCCGUCGCCGGCGACGGCGUCGCGUCCGUGAAGCUCAUCGCGAAGGCGCCGCUCCUGGGACUCUACGCGCGCGCGGGCUUCGCCGUCGACGGGUUGAGCGCCAUCGUCCACGGCAAGGACCCCUGGUUCGAGUGCACGCGCGACGCCACGACCGUCGCCUGCAAGGUCUGCGAUUCCUUCGCGACGGAGGACUUCUCGGGCAACCCCGCGGCCGUCGUCUUCCGCCACGGCGACGGCGCGUGGAUGGCCAAGGUCGCGGCGGAGUUCAACCUGUCGGAGACGGCCUUCCUCCAGCGCAGGGCCCGGAGACGCUACGGCCUGCGCUGGUUCACGCCGUCCGGCGCCGAGGUCGACCUCUGCGGCCACGGCACGCUCGCCGCGGCGCACGCGCUCUUCGAGGACGACGCGGCUUUGGACGAGGUCGCCUUCGACUCGCGGUCCGGCGUGCUCAACGCGCGGAAACUCGACGGCGGCUACAUCGAGCUCGACUUCCCCAAGGACGCGCCGGCGGACGUACCGCGCGACGCGGACCUCGUUUCGCGGCUACAGGCCGCGCUCGGCGUGCCCGCGAUCGCGUCGCUCCACAAGUCGCCGCUGUCGCGGGACCUGCUCGUCGUCGUGAGCCUCGACGACUUCAGAAACGCGGCGCCGGACGGCGCGAGGCUCGCGCGAAUCGAGGACGUCCGCGGCGUCGUGCUCUGCUGCGCGGGGGACGCGCGCGGCGGAACAGAGGCCGACUUCUCGAGCCGCUUCUUCGGCCCGGCCAUCGGCAUCGACGAGGACCCCGUCACGGGCUCCGCGCACUGCGCGCUCGCGCCCCACUUCCGAGACGGCGACGGCGCCGUCGUCGGCUACCAGGCGUCGCCCCGCGGCGGCGUCGUCAGAUGCGUCGUCGCCGGCGACCGCGUCAAGCUCGCGGGCCAGGCGCGCACGGUCAUCGCCGGCGCCGUGAACCGCUAA